GGAGACCGCGCGAGAGCGAGGCAGCUGGUAGAGUUCUCACAGCGAGGGUUUCCGCUCACCUAAAAUAAAGAGCUGGCGAGCCGAGGACAAGGAACAACGGAGCAGUAACGUUACUGACGGAACUAGACGUUCAAAACAUUAGAUUUUUUUGUAUUAUUUUGCCACAUUCUAGUUUGGGGUGUAUCCAUUUAUACAACCGUGAAUUCGUCGGAUAUGAAGCAGUGAGAGGAGGGCUCGCCGCUGGUAACCUUUAGUUGGUUAAGCCGUAGAGGACUCUCGCUGGUUGCCGGAGGAAAAGAUGUACGAUGGAAUGGUAGCGUUUCAGACGAGAGCCCUGUCCUCCUCUUCUUCCUCCUCUUCCUCCACCUCCUCCUCUCUAGCCCACAGGCUGGCUGUCUCCGCGCUUCUCCUCCUCUUCACCCUGCUCCCUCAUGGUCACGCAUCAGGUUGUGCGCGGCCACCCGGCGUGCAGCACGGAGACUUGCUGAACCAGACCGAAGCUAACCGGGGCUCCUUUCCCCCGGGCACCCUGCUGACUUAUGGCUGCGAGCCUGGCUACACCGCAGAUGGAACCACCACCAUCAUUUGUACCAGCUCUGGAGCCUGGUCCCAUCAACCUCCACUCUGCAUCAGAAGCAGCGUGUGUUCGCCCCCCACUGAGCCAGAGAACGGGGGCUACCGCUGUCACCCGUCUCCCUGCCACCGGCUCACCCAGAAGACCGUCAUUGAGUACUUCUGUGACGAGGGCUACGCUCUGAAGGGAGACUACAAGUUCCUUACCUGUCAGAACGGCGAGUGGGACGGUCCCAUGCAGAUUAGCUGCCGACUCACACAAGACAAGGAGCCGAGCUCUCCGCUGGGUAUACCUGCUCUGUCUAUUGUGGCGUCCACAGCUAGUUCUGUGGCUCUCAUCCUGCUGUUAGUGGUGCUGUUUGUUCUUGUACAGCCAAAACUCAAGUCCUUCCAUCACAGCAGGAGGGAGCAGGGCGUCUCAGGCCAGUCCAGCUCCAUCAUGGUUGAGGGCGUCCAGGUGGCACUUCCCUCCUAUGAAGAGGCUGUAUAUGGAAGCGGUGGACCCUGUGGUGCUUCUGGCCCUCCUCCUUCCCCACCACCUCCUCCGGCUCCUCCAGAGUCUCGAGUCCCGAUCGUGCUCUCCGAGGGUCUUCCUCAGGGAGCCACGGGAGGCCAAAGCCCCAGCAGAACCCGCCACCACAGAGACUUAGACUUCUGUCUCCCAUCCACAUCCGCCUCGUCAUCCUUCUCCUCGCGGCGUCAUGCCGAGACGGUGCUGGUUCAUCAGGCCCCCUCUUCCUCCUCUUCUUCAUCAUCAUGGGCUAGAGAGCACCCUGGGGGUGCAUGCGCAGGGCCCCUACCUCUCCGUAGAGACUCUGAGAGUAGCGACCAGCACAGUCUGCUUUCUGUCACCUCUACGGAUGACUUUUCUGAUGAUAUUCCCCUUCUGAAGGAAGCAUGAAGCCUCCCAGCCUGCUAUCAGCCUCAGCAGCAGAGCCUUUACUUCCCUAUCUCUCACUGCUGACCAGGACUGACUGUGGCUGUCAACCUACUUCCCCAAACUCCCCUGAGCAGCCAGCAGAGAAAAGACUAGAACUAUGCCCCAUUCCCCAUGCAACCUCUUCUGCCAUUGCUACCCACGCAGAGCACCACUUGACCCAGCUACUUGAUCAAACUAAAGGCAAGCCUGUAAAACAAAGUGGUUCCAGCUCAACAUAAAUUCUGUAGAUCCUAUGUAUAUGUAAAACAUACAAACUGAGUCACGGUUGUGUACCAUAGGCUAUGUUUUACCAUACACUUGCCUCCUACCAGGUGUAGUUCUCUAUAUAAACAUUGCUCACAGAGGCUUCAUAAGAGAAGGCUAUGGCAGUCGAGACACGUCGACUGUCUGGGAUUACUGUGGAUAAAAAGAAGAAAAAAAAACGUGUGAUGUUUGCUCCUGAUGCUGUGGCGCACAGAAUCGUCUUCCCGCUGUACUUGAAAAUUUGUGAGUGACGGCUGGGUUUUUUGCAGCCCGCUUUGUGAAUGCUGCAUGUUGUUUUGAGUUAUUGCUGUCACAGCACGGUGGCCCACUCUGAAUGAAGCAUGAAGCCUCUUCUGUCUCUCUGUUUCUCUCUCAAUCUAGUUUUCUGUGUAUCCGGGUGGUGUCUAGCAUAUGGAUUAGUGGGAUUGAGAACCACUUCACAAAAGCUAAAAGCAGAGUGCAGAGUUUUAUGAAGCACCAUAUCACAACUAUAAAAAAAAUAAAUAAAAAAAACGCUCCUUUCUUUUCUGUUGCCAGCUGCACCCAGUAUCUGGAAGGUGCUCCUUCUGUCGCAUGAGUGGGAUUGAUUGGUGUUUUGGUUCCAGGACUGUGCUAUGCAUCUUACUUGUAUAAGGAGAGGGAGACAUAUAAUGUCACAAUUUGUCUGAAAGCGGAGGAGAGGGUUUUCUUUCAACAUGGCUAAACUUUAAGAUUGUUUGUGAUUAUUUUUCUCCCCACUGUAUU